AUGGCCGCCUUUCUACACGUACGUUCUCUCCAAGAUGCGCAAGAGCUCCUAGACAUCCUUCGGCCCUCCGCUGAAGCGAAUGACAGCCAAGUUCCUCUGGCUUUUCGGAUGUGGAUCUUUCCUAAUUGGACCUAUGCUCACGAUAAGGUGAAUGCUUUCUACGCAGCAUGGCAGCAUACCGCAUUGUUCUCGACCACUUUCCUCGAAAUAAUAUUCAACAGUGUGGCGAAUUCUCAACCAAUGGAGCUUGACACUUGGGUGUUAUAUUACAUACAUUGGCUGCUUGGUGCAUGGCUAUGGAAUUCAAAGCUCGAGACACUGAUUGAGCAGAACUGGGCUAUAGCGAAUCGAGCCGUCAAUGGGGCCAAUGCAGACGUUCUGGAGGAUCAUUCCAAGGCUCGUCAGGAACUCGAUGAUCUCAGAACCACGAUGGAGACAGCAAUAGCUGGAUUCACAAAGAUAUCAGCACGUCGCGCGGACCGUAUCAUCAAGGACGAGGUCCCCACUCAUGGCAUGCUCAUGGAAGACGUGGAACAGAAAUUUUCUCGACUGACACAGACCUUCAGCGACACCUUGCAGUAUAUCAUCGGAUCGAUCACCAUUUAA